AUGUUUUCCCCUCCACGACGCGAGAAAGCGCGGGCGGACGACCCCCCAUCUCUGCCCAAAGGCGAUUGCCGAUAUAUUUUGCUACACCCUGAAUUCAAAGGCUUGAGAUGCGCUUGUGUUGGUUUUGCUUUGAACCGUUCUAUACCCGGCAGCACAUGCGAUUGUGGCCAUCAAGCAUGUUAUCACACCCCAGAUAAGGACGCUGGCGUUGUCGAAAGGCGGGAAUUGGAGGCCCUUAAAGAAAAGAUUAGUUUGUUGGAGGAAGAAUUGGUUCGAGAGAGACGCGGCGAUAGAGGCGCGCUGGUUGAACGCCUCGGUCGGCUCGAAGAGCUCGUGGAUACGAACAAAGCCGAAACAGAAACAGAGUUGAAGACUAUGUAUCGUGGAAUAGGCGGUCUCUGGCAUAACGUUGGAUUGUUGAAUAAGCGCACGCCAUAUUACGACGACCGCAUCGAGGGAUUGGUCGACGAUGUGCAGAGAAUGGAGAAUAGACUUAUAGAAGUCGACGAUGCGUCUAUCCGUGUAGAGGAAAGGGUUGAUACAUUGGAAAAUUCCAUGUCGAUUGAGCAACCCAUUAGUCGACGAAGAAAGGCAUCGACGCCCCCUUCUGCCGUUACGGACAAUGCUACUGAGGACGAGGACACGAUUGAAGCGUCCCCAAGGGAGGGCAGGGUACCUCUCCACCUAGUGAUAUCUCACGAGCCUGCACAUGUUCAAUUGUUCAGGGCACGGGUUGCCUCUGUAGGAUCCGGAUCUCAGGCAUGGACCGUUCAUGUAUCUCUCCUUCCGACUUUAUCUCAACCCUUUCCGUUCGAGAAAGACACUGCCGCAUACAAGCGUUGUUUUUCUCGAGGUCUCCAGCAGAUGGUUGUCAUUCCGGACUCGGAUAGCGUAGCCUUUAGGUCCGCUGUCGAUGCAGCAUUUGCUGAGGUUCUGCAAGGCCGAUUAUGGCAACCCCUGGUCGCACGGAUUUGCGAUGCCAAAAACUUGCGAGGACUUCCAAUGCUCCGUCAACUUCCGGAUUACCUCCUUAGCUGUGAUUAUGAUGCGGAAUUCCUUCGGCGCAACUGCGCUGUGGUUGACGAGAGUGGAAAAAUUCUCGAUUUAUACAUUGCCAUGUCCGAGGAUACUCUCUCCUGGGCUGAGCUCAAGGAUUCAAGCCCUUUCAAGCCGGGCCUAGAGGCCUCAUGGACAUACGAUCCGUACCUUGACGGACCUACUUUGGAGAGCGAUGGUUCAGGAGGACCAGCCCAGGAUGCUGCAGAGAAACGACCUGCAGCAGGCGAUAUUCUUCCAAGCUGGUCACCGUCAUUGAAACGUAAUGCCUCGGAAAUUUCAACGAGGACGCCGAGCUUUGGCUCGGCGACGGAUGAAGAAGGCACGAGAGCGAAAAUGAGACGCCAAGCCACCGUAGAGGUAGUUGGAUGGCGAGCGGAGGCGGUCUAA